AUGGCCUUCGAGACCGUGGUCGUGUUCGCGUAUGUAACCGGGAGGACUUUGGUGAUGCCCCCCGUCAAGCAACGCCUCCAUGGUUUGCCGCAGUCGCAGGCCGGAGAACGGGUGGGAUUUUUCGCCUACUAUCAGAUGGAGGCCGUGGAGGAGCUUGUGGACGUGAUAUCCAUGCAGGACUUCCUGGGGCGGGAGUCGAAGAAUCUGGGAAAGCUUCCUCCGGCCAACCUGCUCGAGAAGCCGGCGGACCUGUGGAAUUUCUUCGAGGGCGACUCUGUGCGAAACCUGACGUGGCCGGCUUGGGAGGUAUCGAAGAAGGCUUUGGUUUUCCCCUCGUCUCCGGGGAAGCCGCUGCCGCUUGAAGACCAAGGCUUCGUGCAGAGGCUGCAGGAUUUUCUCAACACUAGACAGGCGGUCACCUACGACGAAGAUGCGUGGAACUCGAAAGUCAUCCACUUCUCCGGAGACUGCCACGACAGCCGGGCGGAGGGGAGCAAGAACCGCCGCCCCCUGAUCCACUUCUACGCCUUCAUGCUGCACGCGGACACGCUGGUGGACUCGAGGGUGAAGAGGUUCGCGAGGGAUCGGCUCAGAUAUCGGGACCGGAUAUUCUGCAAGGCCAGCCAGAUCGUGUCGAUGCUGCUGGAGGAGAGCGAGGGGGGAUCGUUUAGCUCCUGUCACGUCCGGCGUAGAGAUCUCAUUAACUCUCUCACGCAGGAAGCGGUCGGGAUGAGCGCUGAGGCGAUGGUGAACUCCACACUCGGCUACCUGCGGGAGGGCGAGCUGGUGUACAUCGCCACGGACGAGGAAAACUACGAUUUCUUCGAGCCGUUCCGCGAAAGAUUCGAGGUGCGUUUCCUGGCCGAUUUCGUCGAAAAGGCCGGGCUCAGGGGGGUUCCGUCGAAUCAGCUGGGUAUGAUUGAGCAGGUGGUGAUCUCCCACGGAAGGACGUUCACGGGAACGUUCUACUCUUCCUUCUCCGCGCACGUGUUCCGGCACCGGCUGUAUCUCGGGAAGCCGCUGGAUUCGAACUACCAUUUCUGGGCCGAGAAGCAGACGGUGCUCCACGACCCGGACGCGCAUCCCGCGGCCCCGUACUUCGCGAGGGAGUUCCCAACCUGCUGCGUUGGCAUCGACGUGGAGCCACCAGGGGGGGGGGGGGAUGAUACCGGUGUCCCCCCCCGCCCCCGGGGGUGAUCCGCAGCUAUUAUCCACACAGCCGGCGCCUCUUAUUGCGGCCUCGGGGGAGGGGGCGCCCUGAUGCCACCCCCCCCACCCACCCCCCCCGCUCCAGGGAUCUUCAGCGGUCCGUGAAGACUGUGGUAGGGGUGCCACCCUCUACGCAGACCGCACGCACAGAGAGAGACUGGGGUUUUUGGGGGGGAGGUGCCAAGGAAUGUUCUUUAAUAAGAGCGCACAAGCCAUCCUCAGCAGAUGCUUCCCUGGGGGGCACCGUGUUUUUUUGUCACAUUUUGGGACGUGCUUCUGUCCGAGUGGGCAGAGCCGCACCAGGCAAUGAAGGGGGGGGGGGUAGGAGCGAGGCCUUUGCUCUUUGCCUGCUGGACGCCAAUCGCGCAAGAUCGGUGAAAUGGGCUGUGGGGAGAGGGGGGGUAAGAGCGAGAGCGAGGCCUGUUGCUCUUUGCCUGCUCGACACCAAAUCGCCCCCCCAAGUUCAGUUGCUUCGUAGGAUAGCCAUCCGUUACAAGGCGGGUGGUGGGUGUCAAAGCAGCACGUACUCCAGAGGCAGUGCGUCUACGGUACGCGCGAAAGUAAUUUUACUGUUGUUCUUUUUUUUCUCGUGUGCCUUCUUCCGUGGUUGAUGACGGGUGGUUGGUGUCGGUGUGCGUGUGCGUGCGUGUAAAUUUCUGUACAUCUUUUAAGUCGAUCGCUUGGUUCGAGAGUUAAUAGUGAGUGGCUGGCGGAUGGUCCGGUCCGAGACACCCACACCUUCAUGGUAGAGCGUUUUGCUUGUUGCCAUUUUUUUUUGUUUGUCUUUAUAAUACCGGACGUGUUUAUUCCAACCGGUUGUCGCCAAGUUGGAAUGGUUCUUUGUUUGUCUGUCGCACUGGUUUGGUGAGAAAAAUGCAGGCCAGGCCUCGCUGUGCCCGUGUUUUUUUUGUGUGUUGCGGGGCAGGCCCGCCGAAUCGUCCGUAUGUUAGAGCUACCCAACGGCUGUCUUCAUCUCUCGUGUGUGUUGUUCCCUGACAUGUACUUGCGUCUAAAUAGAGAACAACGGGGUCACGUAUUUGCGUCUAAAUAGAUCAUAGGGGGGCGCACGUGCGUAUCCUAGAAGGGCUCAGCCGCUGGAUUGGGCGUGUAGCUACAUGGCAUCGACGGCCGCGAGACUCCAGUCUCACCAAGUUAAAGUGCAGAGCUAUUGAGAGAGGGAGCGUGUGUGCUGUUGAAUAGCAUCGACCGCGCUAAGCCGGCUGACCAAUGAAAACACGUCAGUCUUAAAUGUUACGGGUGAAAUUCAAGGCCCUCGGCGCGGGGUGGGAAAGUGUUUUGAGAUCGGGGUGUCAACGCCCAGGAUGCCAAUAAAAUAAGUGUCGUGUUUGUUUUUCAUUGGUGUCGAGCGCCUUCACCGGCUGACCAAAGGUCGCAAACACAUCGGUCUCAACGUAUGUGCUGUACUCUGUACCUUCGCGCGGGCGGCCUUAGCAAAAGAAGGAGGAGGAGAAGGAAGGGCCGAAGAGGCGGUAGAAUGAAGCUUGACCUGGGUGCGAGGGUAAUGGUUGGUUGUGCGAUGAAAGGGGAAAAUAUAUAUAGAAACCGCUUUUCUAGUGGCUGGGUGUUUUAUUAUUAGGAAAAUAAAUAGGAAAAUAAAUACACACACGGAAAGACCACCCGUUCGAGAUGUACCCACAGUCGAACGGGAUGUGGUGAAAUCUUGACAGCAGUGAGUGUUUGACGCUUUGCUGUCUUCUUUUGGUGUGCUUGGGCUCCGGUCGCAACAGGCAGAAAAUAAGAGAAGCAGCUAUUUUUAAAGCUAUUGAACGAGUACAAGUGACGAUUGUUUUUCGUUGUCUUAUUUUGG